AUGGCUGGUGGCGACCGUAAACCCGCCGCUCCGCGUACAAACUCCGAGGCACCGCACAGCACCGCUCUGCGCCGCUCCACGCGGGCAGCAGCAGCAGCUUCCGCCGCGGCCGCUCGUUCUGGCGACGCCGAGAUUGGCGCUGCGACUGGCGGAAAAAUAGCGCAGGGAGAAGGCGCGGGGAAAGAGCGCGCGGGGGUCAAGCGCGCGAGAGAGGUACCCAGCGGGAGCGGGAAGGGGGAAGCGGGGAAGGGCGCGGUUGGGGGAGGUUGGACGGGGGGAAGGGCGCGGUCACUGGGAAGAGGGGGAGCGGUAGCAGGGGGAAAAGGGAAAAGAGGGAAAGCCGCAGAGCUGAGCGAAGAAGAAGAAGAGGAGGAGGAGGAGGAAGAGGAGGAAGAAGAGGAAGCGGAGGAAGAGGAGAAGGGGAAGACGAAAGGGGGAAAGAGGGGAAGACCCGCAGGCCCACGUGGUCAGCAGGCUAAGGGGAUCAAGCCAGUAGAAUCAGGACAUGUGGAGUCACAAGAGCCAAAAUCGCAACCAGAAUCACAGCCGUUGGAGUCACAGGAAGAAAAAGAGGAGGGCAGGGAGGGAAAAGAAACCGUUCCCGAAGGGCAGGUGAAAAAAGGCCGGGGUGGAGAGGGGGAGGGGGAAGGGGAGGGGAGUGGGGGGAAGAGUACAGAGAAGGGGAAGGGGAAGAAGAAAGGGGGAAGGGGAGCAGCAAAGGGGAAGGCGGGCGGAGGGGAGGAGGGGGAAUCGCAGGAUCCAGCUGGCGAGUCGCAGGAUCAGGAGGUGACCAUGGCUGCUGACGUGUCUGCUGACGUGGCGGCUGAGGCGACCGUGCUGUGUCGAUUGGCCGAGAGGGAGCGUGCUGACGUGGUGUGCCUGCAGGAGACGAAGCUGCAGGAGAAAGACGUGGGGGAGAUUCAGAAGGCUCUGUCUCCUUCCUUCCCGCACUCGUUCUGGAGCUGCAGCACGGCCAAGCUCGGAUAUUCUGGCACAGCUGUUCUGUCUAAGGUGAGUGGGACCUUAUUUGCUCUCCUUCUGUCUAAGGGCGUGGGGGAGGUUCAGAAGGCUCUGUCUCCAUCCUUCCCGCACUCGUUCUGGAGCUGUAGCACGGCUAAGCUGGGAUAUUCUGGCACGGCAGUGCUGUCUAAGGUGCGCCCUCUCUCAGUGCGCUACGGCAUCAACAAGCCAGAGCACGACAAGGAGGGGCGCGUGGUGACGGUGGGAUAUAAGACAGUCACUGUUGAUUUCACUGUCUUUCCCUUUCAGGUGCCUCCUCUCUCAGUGCGCUACGGCAUGGACAAGCCAGAGCACGACAAGGAGGGGCGGGUGGUGUCCCCCCUCUCAGUGCGCUACGGCAUUGGCAAGCCAGAGCACGACAAGGAGGGGCGCGUGGUGACUGUUGAGUCUUGUCACGGUCGAAUCAAUCGUUUUAUACAUGUGCCAAUCUCCCCCACUUUUCAGGUGCCUCCUCUCUCAGUGCGCUAUGGCAUCAACAAGCCAGAGCACGACAAGGAGGGGCGCGUGGUGACUGUGGAAUUCGCCCCCUUCUUCCUCGUCUGCUGCUACACCCCCAACUCGUCCGAGAAGCUAGUCAGACUGGACUACCGCACCAAGGAAUGGGACGUCACAUUCGGCAGCUACGUCAAGGAACUGGAGAAGCAGAAGCCGGUGGUUGUGACUGGUGACCUGAACUGUGCGUUUGGGGAGAUCGACAUUUUCCACCCCGAGGGCAACCGCAGGAGCUCGGGGUUUACCGAUGAGGAGCGGGCGUCGUUUGCAGCUAACCUGCUGGGCGUGCCCUGGGAAGGGGAAGAGGGGGGAGAGGAGGGGAAAGGGGGAGAGGGAGGAGAGGGAGGAGAGAAGGGAUGGCGUUUGGAUUACUUUCUGGUGUCCAAGUCACUAGCAUCAAAUGUGCACGACUCAUACCACACCAUGUGA